GAACAUUUCUGCAUCGAAUAACGUCGCGUUCAUAUCUUUAGCGCUCGUCAUGUGCCAACGGUAAAAGCUUAUUGCCAUGCUUAAAACAGAACACUUUCCCCCAAUACACCUCUGCUAGAUUCAUUGUUUUAUCAUUUCUAAUUUUUUUUUUUACAUUAUAAUUAAACGUUUUAGGUCCAAUUGAUUGGCAUCACCUUGAGAAACAUAUUCAAGAGUGUAAAGACGGUACUGAUGAAUCAAUUAUUGAAUUUUUACAAGCAAGAGCAAAAUAUCCAUGUGAAGAUAAAUCACAAUUGAGAUUAUUUAUUAAUGAAAGACGACGAAAACAUUUGUCAGUUGACAUUUGGGAUCUUAUCGAAACUUUAGCUGAAAGUGAUUAUUUCUCUGUACCAUCUGAUUUACCACAACGUUUAUGUGAAUUAUGUUUUCAGUCUUAUAUAUUUGAUGAUUUUUUCAUCUAUGCUUGUGAUCAAGCUCAUAAAACUUGUUACAAUUGUUAUUCAGAGCACGUGAAAAAUCAAAUGAAAUCCAAUCAGAUUUUGACCUGUCCACAAUGUCAAUUUCAUCUUGAAGAUACAGAUAUUCAAAAUUUACGAUUAUCACAAAGAGAUAUUGAAAUAUUUUCCAAUUAUCAAAACCAAAAAAUAUGCGAAUACCAUACACAUAAAAUGUUAGUAGAAGAAGAAGAGCAACAACGCCAAGAAACUGAAAGACUCUUAACCUUAUCAGAUAGUCCAAAAUGUUCAUCUCAUUUGAUGGAUACAGAUUUAAAUCAGUUACAAGGAUUAAAUAACGAUGAGAUUGAAAAAUUAAAAAACUAUCAACAUGGAAAAUUGUUUCAACUGGACCGUAACACAAUUAGAGAAAAUAACAGCCCAAAUUUGUGGCAAAAUGCAGCUUGUGCAAUGAUUCCUACAACUACCAAUCAUCCGAUAUUGCCGUCAUAUUGGAAGUUGAACCAGCCAAAUCAAUCAAAAUUUCCGUUAGAUCCUAAGUCGUACGAGUCUGAGUAUAAUUUUGUUUUAAAAAAAUUUAAUGAGACAAUGGUCAACUCUUAUACAAAAAUAAUUAACAUUGAUCGGAUACAAAAUCGGAGAUGGUUUAAACAAUAUCAAGCACACGCUGAAGAUUUUACGUCAAAACUAAAUAAAGAUACAGAAAAAUGGCUAUUUCAUGGUUGUAGUCCGACAGCAGCUGAUAACAUUAUUAAAGAAUGUUUCAAUCGAAGUCAUGCCGGAGCCAAUGGUGUUGCUUAUGGCUGCGGUGCUUAUUUUGCUUCUCAAGCUUUAUAUAGUCAUAAAUUUGCUUUGCCAGAUGCAAAUGGUCAUCGUCGAAUGUUCUUAGCUCGCGUAUUAACGGGAAAAAUAGCUGUAGGAGCAAAUGGAAUGAAAAUUCCGCCAGCUGGCUUUGAUUCAACUUCUGAUGCAUCUCAACAAUCUAUCAUUGUUGUAUAUCACGACGCUCAGGCCUAUGGAGAAUAUCUUAUUACCUAUAUGUGA